AUGUCGAAAUCCGUUUGCAAGCCUAAUGUAGAUAAAAGUUGCAUCAGAACUACUACUAAGACUAAGAGUCUACCUAUUCUGCCCACUGAGGAACAAUGGCUAAGCAUAUUCAGGCGUUUUGAUUCUGACGGAGAUGGCCUCCUCAGCAAGCAAGACAUUGCAUAUGCUUUCAAAGCCCUCGGUGUAUCUCCCCCAAACAAGCAAACAUUUGCAGCCCUUAGCCACGUGGAUGAAAGUGGAAAUAGAUAUAUUGGCCAAGACAAGAUUGGAGAGCUGGUUCAAUAUGUUAUGAAACGUGGUUAUACCAUCAAGUAG